UAUACCUGGAUUAUUGAGCAUGGACUUUGUUGAUAAUUACGCUGUGUGACUGUGGUUAUCUAAUACUAUUUCCAGCUUACUUUUAAAUAAUAGAUGUGCCAGGAUUUUCUUUACUAUGGUAGUAGAGGUUGAAAGUUUUUUUGGCGUGUACAUGCUGUACUGCACAAACCCCAAAUUCAAAGGUCGUAUCUACAUUGGUUUCACCGUGAACCCGGAGCGGCGGAUCGGACAACACAACGCCGGGAGACACAGAGGGGGAGCCAAGAGGACCAGCGGGAGAGGACCAUGGGAGAUGGUGCUCAUCAUUCAUGGCUUCCCGUCAGAUAUUGCUGCUCUGAGGUUUGAGUGGGCGUGGCAGCACCCCCACUCCUCCCGGCGGCUCCAUCACGUCGCUCGGCGCGUCAGGAAGGAGUCGAGCCUGCAGUUCCACUGGCGUGUGGUCUCCAACAUGCUGCGGGUGGCGCCUUGGAGCCGGCUGCCGCUGACCGUCCGCUGGCUCAGACAGGAGUACAGGAUGGACUUCGAGCCCAGUCUGCAGCCCCCCCUGCACGUCCCCAUCACGUUUGGCAGCGUGAGGGCCAAGAAGAGGCAGCUACUGGCGUCUGUGAGGGACGAGGAGACCUCCAAGUGUUUUCUUUGCAACAGGAUGGUAAAAGCCUCAGAGAAGCUGAGCUGCUUCCAGCCUGUGUGUGGGAUGAGCAGCCAUCUAGUCUGCCUCGCCAGGUACUUCCUCCGGCUGGAGCCGACCCACCUGCUGCCAGUGGAAGGGAAGUGUCCAUCCUGCCACCGCCCGGCGCUGUGGGGGGAUCUCAUCCGUCACAAACACGGCUGCUUCCAAGACCUUGAGGAGAUCACGCUGUCGAGUCCUCAGAGCCACUGGGCGGACGAGCUGCAGGCGUGAAGAGGCUUCAUUACUGCAGACCACAAGAGCUCCAACAGACCACACUUAUCAUCUGUGACCUUUGUCUUUUAUUCAUGUUUUAGUGUAUCAAAUAUUUGUA